AUCCCUAAUUUUUCGUCCAAACACCGACUGGGCACAUUUUUCCUAAUCCGACUAUUCUCCGGCGACACUCCAAUCGAAUCGAAUCGAAGGAAGCGAAGAUGAUGUCCGGAAAUUAUACCUCGAUUGACAAUCAGAACGUCUCCGGAUCUGUUCCUUCGGUCGCAGAUCCGCCUUCCCACGUUUCCGUAAAGUUUGCCGAUUCGAAUCUGCAAACGUUUCCGCCUGCGGGAGCUCAAGGGAAGAUCUCUGGUGCAUCGCUUCCCCCUCGCGAUGCCGAUGAUACAUUUGGCAAACCUGCAUCUGGUUCUGAUGACUCCCAGCAAAGCGGUUGGUUUCGGUCCUUCACUGUUGCUGCAUACAGGCCCUAUUUUGAUGUAGACACAUCUGAUGUUCUUGAGAGGAUUAAAGAUUCACUCCUUCCUUUCAAUGGAAGUUUCUCUGAAAAGACUGCCGAUAACCCAGACUUGUACGGCCCUUUCUGGAUCUGCACUACAUUGAUAUUUGUGGCAGCUUCAAUUGGAACAUUUGUUACCUACAUAGCACACAAGCUGCAAAAAAAGGAAUGGGACUAUGAUAUCAAUCUUCUGACUUGGUCCGCUGGUUUAUUCUAUGGCUAUGUCACCGCAGUUCCCCUCGUAUUGUAUAUAAUCCUCAAGUACUUCUCUGCUCCAUCUGGCUUGGCUCAAUUGCUUUGUCUCUACGGUUACUCACUGUUUGUCUUCAUUCCCGCAUUGUGCUUAUCCAUUGUUCCCCAAGAAAUCUUCCGAUGGGUUAUUGCAGCCGUAGCUGGUUUCAUGUCUGCAUCAUUUGUCGCCCUCAACCUCAGAAACCACAUCAAAUCCGCAGGUGAAAGUUGGUUCCUAAUUGUUGUGGCAAUCUUCUUGCUGCAGCUCGCCCUUGCUCUGGUGCUCAAGUUCUACUUAUUCACCGUCACUGUAUAACCACCACAAAUCGUGUCAUAUAUAUAUAUAUAUAUCCGGCUUCUACAUAUACACAUCAAUAGCAGCGACACAGAGACGACACAUUUUUCUGAUUCCUUCUAUUGCGCAUCUCCCGGGAACUAGGUGCGUCGAAUAGCUCCAAACUGCUACUCUCUUCAUUAAUUUUUGAUAGUGUUUAUGGCUAUGAAUCUGGUUCUCUGUUAGUAUCCUUCCAUGAAUUCAAAAUGUGAAUACUGAAUAUAUAAAUCUCAUGAAUUUGUUCGA